GUCGAGUGUCAUCAAAAACUCGCUUAUUGACCCGAUGCUAACCCCCACCGGAAAGCUUUUGAUUCGAGUGGUUGGCUGUAGGAAUACGCGAUGAUGGCUGACACAGAUACGCUGCACUAUUUGUCAACUCGGACUUCAAAUCCAGCCCCCGCAACCAGAUAAAAAGGCCUUGGAAUUAUAUUGGCUCACGCGGGUUGUGCAAUACCAUCUCAAUUUCUGUGCUCGGGAUAAGGGAGGACUACCAUUUUGUGAACCGGCACUAACAGUCAGAUUUAUUUCGACUCGCUCACGGAUUGAGAUCAUGGUUAAAAUUGCCAUUGCCGGCCCUGGACUGUUAGCUCGCGAGGUCAUCGAUGGCUUGGUAGCCGCCGGGAAGCACGAAAUCAUCCUUCUCUCCCGGAGGGAUGCCGCCCCCGAGGAACUUGUAAAAGGGACCACGUGGGUAAAGGUGGACUUCUCGGAUAAAGAAGCCCUUACCCAGGUCCUUCGGGGGGUUCAUACCGUGCUCUCCUUCAUCGUAGUUCACAAGGAUACGGAUAAUGCCGCCCAAAAGACCUUGAUCGAUGCGGCUGUCGAAGCCGGAGUCAGGCGUAUUGCACCCAGCGAGUGGUCGCUCGCCAAUCUCGACCAAUUUGGCUGGUAUCAUGGCAAACUCGAAGUCCGGGAGUACUUGGCAGAGAAAAACAGGGAUAGGAAAGUCAUCGAGUACUGCCUGUUCCAGCCUGGCUGGUUCUUGAAUUAUCUCGGCGGGAUGCGCAAGAUCUCCACACACAUCCAACCUACCCCUUUCACCCUGGUCGAUCAUACGGAGGGCCACGCGCGGGCUCCGGGUAGUGUGGCCAACAAAAUUACUUACACCGCCAUUCAUGACGUUGUCAACGUGGUAGUGAAGGCUAUCGACUACGAAGGGGAAUGGCCCACGAUUGGCGGUAUCAACGGAAAUACCCUGUCACUGGCCGAAGAGAUAGCCAUCGGUGAGAGAGUAAGGGGUAAACCUUACGAGGUUGAAACAUUGCAGCUCGAUGAUCUCAGAGCCGGCAUUGUCAACACAUCAUGGCUCCCCGCCAUAGACCAGCCCGGGGCGGCCCCGUCUGAUAACGAGGCGCUCGCCCGGCAUAUCCUCCGCAGCCUUCUGCUCAACGCUGCUGACGGGUCAGGUACUGUUUCGGAUGAGUGGAACCAGAUCUUCCCGGAUUACCAGUUCACCAAAGCCGAGGACUUCCUGGCUGGCAUAUUUGCAGACGCAUGAGUGGUUCAAGGUCAUGGACGCCGGCUAACUCCAAGCUGGUGGACCACUGGCACGGGCGAUGGUCCCAGCAGGGAACAGGGCCUGACAAUAUGAUUGCUUCAAUGCUCUCUUGCUCUCGAUAGCUAUGAGCUGUUAUCUGAAACAGGCGAAUCUCUCUGUGCUACUGAUAGACGGCCGAUCUCGCCUCCAUUCCACAGCACUAGCAAGGAGCAAUAAGCGGAAACAAACAAACAUGAGCUUCGCCAAAGUACCUAGGUAUCCAAGUUGC